UCAUUGACUUUUGAAGUUAGAACAAACAAAACACGUACCAAUUUUUGCAGGAGCCAAUCAUUUUAUACCACGGGUUUUAAUCGAAUAAAAAGUGGGAAUAAAUUCUAGUUUUAGAUAAAUAUGCGCUUCAAAAUACUAUAUUAUGUAGUGGUUAUUUUGCUAAUGGGUGGAAUAAGUGCCCAUGAUUUGAAAGGCUUCGAUGAUUCUAUAUUGCAUACAAUCGCUUGGCACGGAAAGGAUGAAUUGCUGGCCAAUUCAUUAGAAGACGAGGAGAUUAUAGUUGCGACUACGAACAAAGAAAAAUACAAAUGCAUCAUUCCGUCGAUUGCCACUAAGGAGUUGGACGGAGAUAUACAAUACAGUGGCCCUAGUCCUAUCGACUUACUGGUCCCGUUGUUUACCCAUUCGUGUUCCUACAGAAUCGAGAGCUACUGGACCUAUGAGGUUUGCCAUGGAAAUUACAUCAAGCAAUAUCACGAGGAGCGGUACGAAAAAACCAGCAAAUUGCAAGAAUAUUACCUUGGCAGAUGGGACAAGCAAAAGACGGCAAAUCUCAAAGCAUUGUAUGCGAAAUCGGAAUCCGAAGGAGAGAAAAUGAAGUACAAGAAAAUCGACGGUCUGAAUUUGCCGUAUUUGGAACUAGAGAUGGACUCUGGCACAGUGUGUGACUUAAACGGAGAACCUCGCGUGACAAAAGUUCUUUAUGUGUGCUACUUGCAUGGCAAAAAUGAGGUGUACUCGCUGAAAGAAACUUCUACCUGCAACUACGAGAUUAUCAUUUUGACUCCCAUGCUUUGCGCUCAUCCGAAAUAUAAACCUCAGGACAAUGAAGAAAACAAAGUCAACUGCUAUCCGUUGGGAAACUCACCGAAGAAGCCGAAAAACCUGCUGUUGAUGGAAAUUGAAAGCAUGAAGAUAAAAUAUCAAAAGCUCACGGACGUGCAUAAAAAUAUAAAAGAAGCUAUUGCAGUCAUUAAUUUCAACGAGGACGGCCCUAUCAAAGUUGAGCUAUUUUCGAACGAUAUUCCCAUCAUUGAUGGCACUGGACAGAAGGGAUUACUAGAAACUGAAAUAACAGAAGAGGAUAAUACGAGUCCAAUGGAAGUUUUUGCAAAGAAAGCGAGAAAAUCAAAAGAGCUCAAACCAUUAUUGGAAUUUUUGGGUGGCUCUAAUUGUUUGACCGGAGGCUCCGGUUGGUGGAAGUUUGAGCUAUGCUACGGAAAACAUGUUCGUCAAUAUCACGCGGAUACGUCCAUAUUCCUUGGUUACUUCAACAAGGAUAAACAUCUCGAAUGGUUAGAGAAAAAUCCUUCCAUCAGGAAUAAACGAAAGAACGAAAAUCAGCUGAGCAAUUUCUACAGUGGAGGCGACGUAUGCGACAAAACUCUUCAGCCAAGGCAGGUGGAAGUAAAACUGAAAUGCACCGAACAUACGUCCAGUUCGAAUUCUAUCUCACUCUAUUUACUCGAGCCGAAGCCGUGUGAAUAUAUUUUGAAUGUCGAAUCAUCCCAGAUUUGCGAUAUUCUUCCGUAUGUUGAAGAAAAUAUGCUCUUGCCAGAAAGUGUGCAGAAACUGGAAGAGGAAACGCUGUACAUUAUCGAUAGCAGUAAUAUAAAUGAUUGAAUAAAAAACUAAUUAAGUUUGA